AUGAAUUACGACCCGAUCCACGAUACUUACUCGGCCCCGGAACAGCCUUCCCAGCCGGCUUCCGGCGCCUCUCCCCAGCAGCACGAAGAUAAGCCAGAAUCAGGUGCUCAAGGCCAGGAACAGAACCCAGAGCCAGCGAAAGAUCUGGAUAGUGGAAACGCUGCUAAGGCGCCUGCUCAGACACCAGCGCAGACUCUGGAAUCUGAAAAUCAGCAUAGUUCGCCUCCUCAGACUCGUGGAGCUUGGAACCCAGAACCUCUGGCGCGUCAUGAACAGCAUCCUCCUCAGCCUGCCGUGGCUCCUUAUAAACCGUUUUCAAUUGAUAGUCUUAUGGGCGGCUCGGAACCGGCAGAACCUCCACAGUUCCAGAGAACUGAGCUUCCGAAGAUAGAUUUCCAGAGAACUGAGCCUCCUAGACCUGAGUUCCAGAGGACUGAACCUCCCAGACCUGAAAUUCAUAGGAACGAUCCUCCCAGACCUGAUUUCCAAAGAACUGAGCCUCCUAGAGAGGUCCAGAGCCAUGAAUUGCCUAGACCCGAGCCUGUUCAGAGACCUGAAGUGCCUGCUCAGCAUACGCUGGUGAAUUACCCGCCAGUGCACCAAAACGUCCAGCCACAGGCUUCUGAAGGUAAAUAUGACCCUGCAAGACCGCUUCCGCCUAUCGAUGGACGUUUAGGUGGGGACCAGGCGCCACCUCCAGAGCAUAAAUCGGCUCCUGAGCAUAAACCGGCUCCUGAGCCUGUAAAGGAAGAAUCUGCUGGUCUGCCGACCGAAACGGCUCCAGCAUACUCUCCAGAACAAGGCCAGCUUCCGUCUGAUUUCCGUGAAAUUUCUCGUGGCUAUAAGUACCUUAAAAAAGCCGAUGGUGAGCCAUUCUGGAGAAAAGAUAUUCAGUAUGACUUCCUUCAUGAGUUAUUCACCGACGAGACGAGGUGCUUCACGAACUACUUUCCUUACUGUGAGGUUACCAACGCUGCCAAUGGACCAAAACUCACCUUUUCAGAACUCUACGUGCGUACUUUGGCAGAAUCUAAUAAACUGUCGAAGAUUCUUCGUGAACGUUUAAUCAAAGAAAAAGACAUGGGCGUUGCAGUCAGCAAAGUCUGUCUUUUGGUUAACGCAGGCAGAAUGAACACCACUGUCAAUUUCGUUCCAGAUAUGCGUUCUGCUCUUCGAACGUACCAUCUGAUUCCUUCGCUUCAAACUUCUGGUUCGGGUGAUUCACGGCCUUUGCAAGAUACUCCUCGUUUGAAAACUAUCCUUAAAGCCGUAUGUGAUGACCAGAAACACCUACUUACCUUGCUUGAUCUUUUCAAGAACCGCAACACGAAAAGACCAAACACUAACGUUAUCAAAUUGAUUUUCCUAAUGUCGACAUUCUUUCAAAAUAUCCCUUUCCAUUACGACGACUCUUACGAGCAUGAUUCCUUCCUGGAGAAGUUCCGUUUCAUCAAGGCCUCCCCUGGCCCUCAAAAUAAGUUUAUGGAGUUCUUUUUGAAUGACGAAAUCCACCCCAAGUGCCGUUCUCGCAGGUUCCUCUGGCUCAUGUAUACCUACUUGGAAACCAACUUUACGCCUGAAGAAGUGGCAGAGAACCCUUUCAACCCGCAUGCUAUCCCACCUUUGGAGUACAUUCCAGAAGCUGAGUUGCCUAAUUACGACGUUGAUGCUGACUUCGAAGUGGAAUAUGCCAUAAAGAUGUACCACACGCGAAUGAUGCACUUGAGCGCAGAUGCACACAACCCACUUCCAAAGAAAGGCAACAAGAGCAGGCGAGAACGUCAAAAGAUUCAGCAUCAGUUGAAUGACGGAUCUAGUACUACUCCAGCGCCUUACGCGGAAGAGCAAGACGAUCUGAUGAACGUUGAUGAUACCACAAUUGUUCAUCAAGAAGAACCGGUCGAACCUGUCAAGCAGGUUAAACCAGAACCUCCAGCAGCACCAGAAGUUCCAGAGCCUCCUGUUCAGCAACCCGUGGUAGCUGAAUCUUCCAGCACCUCGUCUGGCUCGCAAGGAAACGAUAAAGCUCCUGCUGAAAAAGUCCACAAACGUAAGAGACCUGCUCCCUCUGUUGGGUCUCUUGUUGAAGACACUAGAAAGCCAGUUCUUGCGGAAGAGAGACAAAGGCUCACUACUCCUGAAUUCCCAAUUGAAGGGCUCCAGGAAUUACGUGAACGUUAUGCCAUUACCACUCCGGCUAAUCUUUAUAAGCCACUUUCCAAAGAGGGCCCACUUUCUGCCGCUGGUAGGAAGGAAGUUGCCAGUAAGCUGAAGCCUACGGUCGACCUAGUGUCUAAGACGCUUCCACGGAAGUUUGAAUCUACAAAAGAAAAAAUGCUACGCUGGCUCCAUGACUACUUCGAGUAUAGAAGAGCAACUGGCAGUGGAUUGGUUGGUAUCGAGUGGGAAGACAUCAGAAGUGAUGUUUCCAAUGGUAUUGAAGCGUAUGUGUAUCAGCAGGAGGGCAAGCAGCACCUCAUACAAAAGUAUGAAAAGGUCAGGGACGAUGAUGAAUUCGACGUGGAGAUAAAACGUGAGACCUUUUCCAAUGGUCCCAACCUUGGCGACAGCGCCCCAGUUGACAUUGGUGCUGUUGAGAAUUAUGGUGCUGGCUAUGAGCCAGACAGAGACUUUAACAAGGUCAACGAACGCAGGGUUUUCGAGCUCGGCUUGUUGGAACUUCUUCAUGAAGCGAUUGCCAAGAAGAAGUCCAAGAGACCAAAGUUCAGCCGUAUUUCGUUUGACUUGGACAAUGGUACUCUUUCAUUUUAA